GCCGUUUGAGUGUCACACAGUUUGUGGAGCGAGUGCGGUUCCCUUAACACAACCAUCUUCCCCCCUCUCUUCCCUCUUCUCACUUCUCUCUUUUCUUUUCUCGCAACAUAAAACCCUAAACCCCUCUCUCUCUUUCUCUCUUUCACAAUGGAGCUUCGUUCUCAUCGUCGCCUUUCCCAAACCUCGCCUUCUGGAGCAGGGAGGGGGAAGCAACCGAGGGAUACCACUGAAGGAGUUGAAACUAACGAUAUGGAUGGAGAUGCUUAUGCAAUAUCUUCGGAUUCCAAGUAUGAAGAUGCAUUAGAUGGGAACAAUGUUUUCGACUUGAAUCAAGACCCAACUUUAAGCAUUAGUGUUUCUGAUAUAAUGGUUGAUUACACUUCUGAUUCAUCUGAUGGUAGCAACCCUUUAUACAAAAGGGGAAAGGCACAGUCCAAAAAGAAAAGAAAGACACACAACUUGAGAAAUGAAGAACUGAUUGAUGUAGAGAUUCAGCCAGCAGCUGUUGUCAAUUUGGUUAAUAACCGAAAGAAGAAAAAAACAAGGAAAAGCAAAAAGGGAGCAUCUGACAUAGUAUUACUAUGGCAUGCUUGGGAAGAGGAGCAAGAAAGGUGGAUCGAUGAGAAUUUAUCAGCAGAUGCUGACUUAGAUCAUCAAAAUGAAGAAAUGAAUGAAACUGCUGAGCCAUCCUCAGAUCUGACUAUGCCUUUGUUGAGGUACCAGAAGGAAUGGUUAGCAUGGGCUUUGAAGCAGGAAAGUUCUGUGUCAAGAGGAGGAAUUCUUGCGGAUGAGAUGGGGAUGGGGAAGACUAUUCAAGCAAUUACCCUAGUACUUGCUAAACGUCAAUUCCAGCACAUAAUUUGUGAGCAAGAUGAACCUGCACCUGUGGCAGGUUCAUCAAGAGUCUUACCUGCUAUCAAAGGAACACUUGUUAUUUGUCCUGUGGUUGCUGUCACUCAGUGGGUUAAUGAGAUUGAUCGAUUUACUUUGAAAGGAAGCACCAAGGUGCUGGUUUAUCAUGGGGCAAGGAGAGGAAAGAAUGUUGAACAGUUAUCUGAAUAUGAUUUUGUAAUAACAACCUACUCCAUCGUGGAGUCUGAGUACAGAAAAUAUAUGAUGCCUCCUAAGGAAAAGUGCCAAUAUUGCGGAAAGUUAUUUUACCUGAAUAAGUUACCUUAUCACCUGAGGUAUUUUUGUGGACCUGAUGCUGUGAGAACAGAAAAACAGUCAAAACAAAUGAAGAAAAAGAAAAAGUUUGCUACAAAACAGAAGAUAAAAGAUCCUGAGUAUUGGAAUGAAGAAUUGGAACAGGAUGGUUUUGACAAGAAAAAGAAAGAGAAAAUGGGCUUGGGAAUGGAUGAUUUAGAUUCCACUGACAGGGAGAAAUCAUUUCUUCAUGCUGUAAAAUGGCAGCGGAUCAUAUUGGAUGAAGCACACUACAUAAAGUCGAGACACUGUAACACUGCAAAAGCUGUUCUUGCCUUAGACUCUUCAUACAGAUGGGCGCUUAGUGGCACUCCCCUGCAGAACCGUGUUGGAGAGCUGUAUUCUCUGGUUCGGUUUCUGCAAAUAGUUCCUUAUUCCUAUUAUUUCUGCAAGGACUGUGAUUGCCGGGCUCUUGAUCACAGCUCCUCUAAACAAUGUUCAGCCUGUGGUCACAGUUCUGUUAGACAUUUUUGUUGGUGGAACAAAUAUGUUGCCACACCAAUUCAAUCGUAUGGAUAUGGUGAUUAUGGAAGAAGAGCUAUGAUACUGCUUAAGAACAAAAUUUUAAAGAACAUAGUUCUAAGGCGAACUAAAACAGGCAGGGCUGCUGAUCUUGCACUACCACCUAGAAUUGUUUCAUUGAGGAAGGAUAGCCUGGACAUAAAAGAGCAAGACUAUUAUGAAUCGUUAUACAAUGAAAGUCAGGCACAGUUUAAUACAUAUGUUGAGGAAAAUACUUUGAUGAAUAAUUAUGCUCAUAUAUUUGACCUCCUCACACGGCUUCGGCAGGCUGUUGAUCAUCCAUAUCUUGUGGUAUAUUCUCAAGCUACUGCAAUGAGAGAAAGUAACUUGCCUAGUAAUGGUAAUGUUGAACAAGCUUGUGGCCUGUGUCAUGAGCCAGUAGAAGAUCCUGUUGUUACUUCUUGUGAGCAUAUCUUUUGCAAGGCAUGCUUGAUAGACUUUUCUGCUUCCUUAGGACAAGUAUCAUGCCCCACAUGCUCUAAGUUACUUACUGUUGAUUUAACUUCAAACAAGGAUGUUGGGGUUCAGGCUAAUAAGACAACCAUUAAAGGUUUCAGAUCCUCCAGCAUUCUAAACAGAAUUCGGCUUGAGAACUUUCAGACAAGCACUAAAAUUGAGGCACUGAGAGAAGAAAUCAGAUUUAUGGUUGAAAGGGAUGGAUCUGCAAAAGGGAUUGUUUUUAGUCAAUUCACGUCAUUCCUGGAUCUCAUAAAUUACUCCCUGCACAAGUCAGGUGUAUCUUGUGUUCAAUUGAAUGGAAGCAUGUCAUUGGCUGCUCGGGAUGCUGCCAUUAAGAGAUUUACUGAUGAUCCAGGCUGCAAAAUUUUCCUCAUGAGCUUGAAGGCCGGUGGUGUUGCUCUCAAUUUAACAGUUGCAUCACAUGUUUUCUUGAUGGACCCUUGGUGGAACCCUGCUGUGGAGCGUCAGGCUCAAGACAGAAUUCACAGGAUAGGGCAAUAUAAGCCAAUCAGAAUCGUCAGAUUUGUCAUUGAAAACACAAUUGAGGAGAGGAUUUUAAAACUGCAAGAGAAAAAGGAACUAGUAUUUGAAGGGACUAUUGGCGGCUCCUCCGAGGCGCUAGGGAAAUUGACGGAGGCUGACUUGAAAUUCCUCUUUGUUACCUAAGCAAGCCUGUGAUUCUGACAAGAAGACAUGUCACUUCCUAAUACAAUUUUUGCAGAACUUUUUUUUGGGCAUAGCUUUCAAAUAUGAUAUUUAUGCACAUCAAUAACGGUUAUAAUUUGUAAAUAGGUAUAUAACAUUCUAAGAUGCUGCUGAAUGCUGGUGGGGUUUUGAUGAACUGGGUUUUUGACUUCAAUCUACUCGUCAUUUUAGUUGAUGUAAGAUUGAAAUCAUGAAGGCCCUUUUUAAUGUUUCAUAGAAAUGAAACCUUAACAGAAUGCUGGACUCUCAUAGACUGCAUCUUCGUUUCAUGUUGUUUAUAUGUUUGUUUAGUAGCUGUUUGGUAACUGGUAAAUGCUACUUGAGAUAGCAGCUUCCCAAGUGAAGCAGAAUUAUGCUUGA